UUACUUUCAGCCAUUGGUGUGUUCCAGCAGCAAAAUAUUACGGUACUAAUUGGCGGGAGUCAAUCGGAGUCGCACGCGUGCUCGCUGUCUACAGUUACUGGGAUCCCUCUUGUUCGUCUCUAUGAAACAGUUAUGCCAUUUAAUCAGUGCGACAAAACAGUGGAUAUGUCAGCGAACUACAGAUACUUUGCGCAUGCCACAUUUGACGUUCUAGCCAGCUUUCACUGGAGGAAGAUUUCAUUAGUGUUUGAUGGUAACAAAGAGUGUCUUAGGCCCCUUUUAUUUGAAGGAAAGUUGCCCUAAGUUGAAGGGUCACCGCUGCACGAAAAAUUGGAUUUACACAAAUUUGCUCGGGGCAAAUGUAGUGCAAAAAAGUGGAAACUAGGAGAAAAUCAAAGGCAAAGAGGAUAAAUACCGCAUUUGCAUUCUAGUUUACAUGGGGUUGCAAAUUCGAGGGCAAAUGCGUUGUUAUCGUACAUUAACCGUAGUCUGCACUUUUUUGCACCAUAUUUGCACUGGGUAAAUUUGGUGUAAAUCAAAUUUUCGUGCAGUUUGCGCUCCUACUCGAGUUACCCUGGGCGGGACAAUUUUUCAUCAUUUCCUUACAAAACGUGGCGAUCCAAUUAAAUAGAAACAAAAAAAUUGGCUCGUUACAAAACGUGGCGAACCGAUUAAAUAAGAAACAAAAAAUUGGCUCGGCUAGAAGUGACCCGCGUAGCCUGGUCACCCUUUAGUGAUGGUACUAGUAGGUCACCUUCCUAGCCAGGCCAACUUUUCUCCAUAUAUACCCUGUGGCUCGCCCACCCGGGUCAGUAAGGUCAAGGAGGACAAUCAGAGCAUGUGCGAGUGCUGUUCUAGACAAUCAGAUCACGUGCAGAGGAUGCACGAGCGCUGUUCCGGGAAAAGGGGACAAAUUUUGUCAUAUAAAUGAAACGCGCGCUAAAGUUAACUCGGCUGGGAGCUAGGGUGACCCUUCUACCCAAAACAGAUUUACUCCAUAUAAACGGGACCUAAGUAUCAUCCAGUAUUAUUUUCUGAUGAAGCAAAUUUUUAGUAAAGUGUGAUGUAAAUGUUAAUAAGAUCAUUCCUUUGCAGCUAUAUGUAGUUAGAACUCCAUUUAUACUUAGUAUAGCUUUUCUGCAAAACCGCCUCUUCCAUGGAUGAAGCAUUGAACGGCUUUAUCUGCACCUUAUGUAUUACACUCACGUCUGUCCUGGAAGAAGAAUUUACUCUUGCUGUAUCAUUUCUACAGGGCCGUCACCUCCAACGCCCAUUUCCUCUGUCCCGAGUUGUCCGUUCUAGAGAAUUAGACCGUAUGUUAAAAAUCUCUUGACAUCAUCUACCAUAUAAAAAAUACGAGAAGCCAAUGUUUCAUCGAAACAGAUGAUAACUGAUAAGCACUCGUGAAGUGGGUGAAAAACAGAAGGUGCAGACGAAUUUGACAAACCCAGUUCGAGUGUUUGAUAUACCUUAUCAUAUAACAAAUCUUUCCUGCAUUACUGUGAAUGCCCAAACGCGAGUUUCGGGUUGCAAAAAUACCAGCGAUGAUUUGUAUGAAUCUAUCUACCCGAGCCUCGAUCUCAGACUUUUCAUUACGUGUGCACUGGAAAAACAAUUUGGAAGUUUCGGAACACUUAUUAUAAAUGAAGCAUUUUUCUGAAUUGCACUUCGACAGAGAAUCGGUUACUUGACGCUGGUUACUUUUACGCAACUUUCCAUAAGUCCAACUUGGCCAUGAAUUUAGUGCAGCUUACCAGCGGAAGGACAAAUGAGGAACAGAGAAAGGCAGUUUUGAAAGCUACCGAGGAAAUUGCAAAAUUUGGUCCUCAAGUUAUUCUGCUUUACACUAGCAAAGAAAUAACCCAACUACUGUUGCAACAGGUAAGAUAAAAAACUUUGUCUAUUGUCAUUCGUGUAAAACCCAACAUAUGAUGAUUUAAACUGUUGGAUAGCCGAGUGUCAUACCUGUCUGUCCCUAGGAAAGCUCUCUAGGCCUUUUAUACGCCCUUGCAAACACAUUCGCUCUCUUCUCGCAAGUCUACUCAACUUAGGUUCCAGUAAGUUUUCCCACCCUCCUCUCCUUUAGCGGCGCUGGAAAAUUUUUCUUUAUCCUAUACCUUUUGCUAAUUUUUUUCGCCCGUAACUUGUCCAUCAUUAGGCAUAUGGUGGCGUCAUUUUAAAGUAAAGCUACUUCGAAAACAAAUGCCAUCGACUACGGCGAACUUUUAAAAAAACACUAAUCGAUGCAUAAAGCAUGUGCAUUACAUAUAACACAGCGAUAAAAUAUGGCGUGCGCUCAAAACCUUACCUUUAAUAAAUUAUUUGAUGUUCAUCUUCUCCUUCAAUAAAGAUACAACGUGUUCAGGUAUCAAAUGGAAAUGCCUAACUGCCGAGGGUAGUAUGGUAGGCAUAAAAUUUGCCUUUUUAAGGGGGAAUCUCAUUAACUCUUUUGUGAGGGAAUACAUUUUAAAAUCGUGCAGAAGGCAAACUAGCUCCAUGUGUUUCGUGCUAGAAAGAGCUACGUAGUUUGCCUUCGCACUCAUUAAUAUGCACUAUUUGCGCGUCAAAAUCAGUGAAUCGGAGCUUGUACAAUUUGUUGCCUGCAAAGGACGAUGAAAGCGACAGGAAACAGGACUUGCAUGUUGCAUAAAUACGUUACGCAUCUGUGAUUUUAACUUUAACUUUUUUUUAACACAGACGAGUUUGGGUUUAUUCCUUGGACAUCAUGAAUCAAAGAAUCGAUACCUUUCUUAGUUUCCAGUCAACCUAUCAAAAAACCAAGACACUCAUCGAUCUCAAAGCAGCUAGGAAACCUGUCAAACCGGUUAAACCCCCUAUUAAUAUAUAGCAGAUGACCUUACCAUAUCCCUCAUUUUAUUCAUGUGAUAAAGACAAAAGGGUUUGACGUCAUCGACGUUAAUUUAUUCGCCGCAAGUUAUUGAGAUUCCCAAGGGCCUUAAAAAUGUCUACUAUACUACUGCCAAAAAAGGGACGAAAACUCGUUGCUAAUUGCAAAAAAAUAGAUUAUAUGCGAAUUGUCGAGGCUAAGAAUGGGUUGACGAUGUGUAUGAAACACAAACGCAAACAAACCUCACACUGUUAAUCUUUAUACAAUUGAGACGUUUACAGUAUUUAUGAUAUAUCUUAAAGAGAGCUAUAUCAUAAUUCAUUUCGUAAAGUUCAGUGGUUCCUAACUAUUUUGGCUACUUACGAUAAGAAAAGAGGAAAUAGUUUGGUGUUUUACUCUGUAUUUAUAGGUACCCUGUGAUCUGAAGAAAUACUACAAAUGGAUCCUUCAAGGAGAGGUUUGUAUUUACUGUGACAUUACAUCAAAUAUUACUUUCUGAUCAACUUUUCUCAGGACGUUACUGAGGGAGUAAGCAACUCGAAGAAUCAGGCUAGUUCUUUUCAAUCUUCGUCAAACAAUAAGGAUAUUGCCACCAGCAAGAGCACUUCGUUUCCCAAAAGAUUCAACCAGUGAACGCCUAUAGGUACACUCCGACUAUAUCGCUAGGGCUCCAAAAGCAACUGAAAAAGUAUGGUAGCAUUAUUAUCCAGCUCCAGAAACCUUUCCAGCGGCUUUUACCAAUCAUAACCUACGUUGUCGCCGGACUUGUUACUCGAGACCCAGAUGGAGAACUCAGUCGAUAUCGGAGAUCCACAUUGUCUGCGACACAGGCUUAUUGAUCUCUGCACGGUGUGAUUGACAUAUCUGUCGAAGCACCGAUAUGCUAUAUUAUAUUUUCUUUCCACUGGUUGAUGAGAUACUCCGCAUGGCAUUGCUUACGCUAUCAGGAUAAUAGUCAGGGGCGUCACCUUCUUUGGUCUUUAUCUCACAUGGAUUAUGCCGCCCACUAAAAAGCAGUAUUCCGUCAUGCAGGAAACAACGUCUGAUACUUUGUUAUAGCAAAGUGUUACUUCCUUGAUAGCAUCGAAAAAUAAUAGCAAAUUGCUAUGUGCACUUAAGGUUUCAGGAUACUUGUAAUAAAACAACAUAUCUGAAUACCUGUUUACUUUUUACCUAGGUAUCCUUCAACCUCGCCAGUCUUCCAAACAAUGUCGUUUUAGCUUUUAAGCUUCCAUACGUACCCGAUGCAAUUCCUGGCAUUAAUCUCCAGAAUUUCAACGAGGUAAGCUACACAUGCGUGACGCCAAAGCCCUAAGAACGCCUGCGUAAAAGGCCAAUUGAACCUACUUGUCUUUAUCUGUUGUACCUUACUAAUUUCUCUCUCGGUAAAAAUGCCAAGUAAUAGCUCUUUCGAUAGCGGAGCUCCCGCGCGAGAAUUAAAGCGGGCGUAGCGGAGCACCAUGGGUAAUAAAAUUUGGUUACCUAUGCAUCCAAGUAAUUUGGGCUGUAACAAAAUCGUCCCCUUUCGGUAUUAAACUGAUGAUAUAAUUGUAAUUUAAGUGGGUCGAGGGUCUCAGAUUCUGAUGAAAAAAAAAUUAGCUCCUUGAUGCAUGUUUAUGUCUUGUUCGUAAAAAAACAGUUGAGUGUGGCUGUUGGCACAAAAAAAAACAAUAACAUCAAAAAUGAAUGCACGAUUAUUGAAGAAAUAUAGCGAGUAAUUAAGCAGUUAUUAACAGUUUAUGUAAAAUCUCCUUCUGUAGGAUCUUACUUCUGUUCAGGCAUAUGAUGCGGUUCAAGUCAUUUACCAAGCGUUGAACAAAGAGCCGUGUUUAUCGCUAAACGAGUCUAGUAACAAUCAAAGGGAUAAAGAUCUCAUAUUUAACUGCAUGACAAAGGUACUGACUUCAUAUAUCUUGAUUAGUUUUGCAGUUCUUAAAAAUAAAUCCAUGGCUCAUUCUCAAUUUUCACUCUCUGAGUAGCUUAAUCUUCCUCGUCAAGGAUCGACUUAAUUUUCAACUUCACUGGAGGGCACAUUUCCCCAAUGUUCAGGUAGCCUAAAAGUGAGGAUAAAUGACAUUUAAUCUAGGGGAAAAAAACAUUAGAACCUAGAAUUUACCACCUUGUAAAAACUGUUUAAAGCUGCAUGAAAAGCACUGGUUUUAACAUCCGUAUAUUUUUCCUGAUAUGAAAAAAAACAGCCUAAUGUCGUUAAUGUCGUUAUUGGACUUUCAAAUGACCCGUGAACUGUUAAUUUCAAUAGGGAAAAAUCGAGGCAACCUGGCAAACUGGUUUUUAAUCGAUUGAUUAGUUGGUUGACUGAUUGAUUGAUUGAUUGAUUGAUUGAUUGAUUGAUUGAUUGAUUGAUUGAUUGAUUGAUUGAUUGAGUGAGUGACUGAGUGAGUGAUUGAUUGAUUGAGUGAGUGAGUGAGUGAGUGAGUGAGUGAUUGAUUGAUCGAUCGAUCGAUCGAUCGAUUGAUAGAUCGAUGGACUGAUUUUAAAAUAGGUUUAUUGUUUGUUUAAUUGAUUGGAAUAAUUUGUCGUUCGGCAUCCGCAUCGGAGAUGUGGUGUUCAGUUUCAGAAGAUAAAGUUAUGCCAAGCACUCGAUCUCUUCAGAGAGAUCUCAACUUUUCCAUACAAAUUUAACUAUAACCUUCGGUUUUAUUCUUUGUUAAAGGUUGAUAUCGCUGGCAUAACUGGUCCUGUCCAGUUUGACGAGAACGGAAGGCGAAUAGUCUCGCGACUGGAAAUCCUUAAUCUCCGCAACGACACCUUCAAAAGGGUAAGUAGUAUGAAGGGUAUGAAUAAUCAUAUUUUGUUCUGCGCAUUGUUUAUUCAGACUGAGUUUUUUUGAAAACGAAAGACAGUCUCUCAACUGGAUAUCGACUACAAUUAGAUGUUCGUAAAGGCUCCUUUAAACAACAACAACAAUAAGCUUUAUUUGCAUGACUAUAAAAAAGUAUUACAGUGUUGCAAAAGCUAGUUGAAUUUAAUUAUUGAUUCCUUUUUAAAUUAAGAAUUUAAAAUAACUUUAAACAUAACAAUCAUUGCUUAUUUUCAACCAUCAGUAGGAUUAAUUAUUCCGGAGACAAGUUUGUCUCUCAAUUCAAAGUAAGAUGAUAUAAAUUAAUGAAAUUAAUUGGAUGUUAAUAAAAUAGUUAGUAGAAUUCAUUAGAUGUGAUCAUAAGGUCACAUGUGAUCGUAGGAACGGUAUUUUAGGAUUUAGUAAAGAACUUGAGGUAUUUCAAUGGUUGUUGAGUUUAUGUUAGAAGCCCAACAGUCGGGCUUUUUGGCGGCAAAAAGGAUUAAAGUCUGGCUUUAACUAGCUAAAUUUUUUUUUUAUUGAAAAUAUUUUAGACCAACUAAUGAAAAUUAUUGAGCCCUUUCAUCUUAGCCCAUGAGGCCGAAGGCUCAAGGAAUAUAAGUUAAGUAGUUUAGAUAAGAACAUCUCUCUUAUCGAAGAAAAACUUGGAAAAUCUAAUAAAAAGUGAGUCUCAUGUUCAAUUCUGUUACAAUUGCAGAGUAUAUUGUCGUAUCUACCUUUCUCAAUCCUAAGUUUGUGACUGUUUAUUCUCAGUUUCACUAAUGUUUUCCUAAAACGGUUCUUACUUCUUAGAUCUUGGUAAGCAGGGGGGCUGUAGUUCGUUUCCAUUUUGUGAUAAAAGUUACGUUUUUGUAAAUCUUGAAAGGUAGGGAAAUUAUAGUAGUCUGUCAUGUUCUUGAGACUGGAGUAAAAAACUAUUUUGACCAUUAUGAUGAAGGUCAACAGAUAUUUUUAAAGAUUGUUCUACUUUAGAAUUUUCAUCUUUUUCUUACUUUAAGUAAUAAAGUAUUCUUUUAUUUAUAUCAAUGAUCAAAGGGAAUCUGCCAAGUUCAGCUCUGCAUGCAACAUUGGAUGACUUUUUAUGGACUUCUAAAUAUCGUUUACAAAAGUGUAAAUAAGUAGGUAGUGUAGAAGGAUCUAAAUCAUCCCGUUUUGCUCAUCGCAUUUACUUCUUUUAAUUUUGAGACUGAGUUUUCAUUACUCUUGACUUUGUCGAUGUGUCGAUGAUCAAGCUCAAUUCGUAAAGGAACAUCUUUACCUUGUUACUUUUCUGAUUACCUAUUGACAUCGCAAACUGAAUCUUGCCGCAUUUUCGCGCGGAGGCCGAUACAGUAAACCAAUAAAGCUAGUAGAAACAUGCAAUGUGUCUUGCGUUUUUAUAGAAAUUUUCAAUAUAUAAUUUCUAAAGGCAAUGGCAUAAUAAUUAAGCUAUAAGUGAAAGAAAACUAUAAGGAAGUGGUUCAUUCAUUUAUGUAAACUUAUUUGAUUGCAUUUUAGAUAGGUCUUAAGGCAAUGGCAUAAUAGUUAAGCUAUAAGUGAAAGAUAAAUACAAGGAAGUGGUUCAUUUAUUUAUGUAAACUUAUUUGAUUGCUUUUUAGAUAGGUUCUUGGAAUAGAACCAAAGGUUCACUGUUCUUUGAUAACAUGUCAGCUAAUGCAGUGGAUAAUUCAUCUUCAAAUGGGAUUAGACUAGAGGGAAGGACGUUCCGGAUUGUCACGAUCGAGGUAAAAACGGUUAUAGAAUAUUUAAGACCUCCAAUUGUUUCUUUACAACUUUGGUCUUCGUGGUUGCUUAAAUGCUUCCAAUACAGUAAGCUCUUCUUUUUACAUCA